AUGGUGUUGUACAUACCAAUGGUUCCACCCGAACAACUUCUCAAUGAUUUACCCAUUGGCUUUUCUUUUCCAAGUUUUCACUUUUCAAUCUCCAUUUCUCUCCAUUUCCCGAUUUGUCUCCAUUUCCCGACUUCUCUCCAUUUUCCGACUUCUCUCCAUUUUCCGAUUCUCCACUCUCCAUUCUCAAUUCUCUUUCUCACUUCUCCUACACAUCACCAACUCCACUUUUUUCCGGCACACAACCACACCACUCUUCUUUAUCAUAUGGAAGCCCUUGCCGCCGUGCUCCGGUUUUUCUCGCUCGAGACCCUCGACACGCGGCUCUUUCCGCCGCCCGACCAAAAUCGCCGCAAACAAAUUGUGGCCCGUUCCCAUGCUUCUCGGUGGAACACGCUUGAGUUCAAGUUUUACCUUUUGGUGGUGGGCCUUGUGGUUCCGCUCAUGUACAAGACGGCGAUGGAUGCGCUGAACGAGACAAACGCCAACUUCCCCAAGUUCCAGCAUCUCUUGUCGCCCGGCUGGAUGUUUGGCCGCCAGGUGGACAACUCGGACCAACAGUACCUGUUUUUCAGAAACAACUUCUGGGUCUUGUGUGCGUUGGUGGCGGCGCACGUGGCGCUCCGGCGGGGCCUAGCCACGGCGUUCCAGCACCGCCGGACGCUUUUCGACGCCUUUUUCGGCGCCCUCUACGUUUUCGGGCUCCAUGGCUUCAACGUGGUGCGGAUUCUAGUCCAUGUGGUGGUGAUGUACGUUUUGGCGACGCGUGUGGCCAACACAAGGGUGGCCAAGACGUGUUUGUGGACGUACGGCGUGCUGACGCUCUUCUUCAACGACUGGGCCCGCCACUGGCCGCUCCCGCUCCUGUUCACGGGCCUCAUACCCCGCUGGGACGUCUUCUACAACUUCACGUUGCUCCGCAUGCUCUCGUUCGCGUUGGACUACUUGGAACGGCGCGACGAGCUGAAAGAGCGGGCAGUGCUGCCCGACUUGGACGACCGCGGCCGCCUCACGCCGCUGCUUCCGUUGCAAGACUACUCUUUUGCCAACUAUUGCGCCUACUUGACUUAUGCGCCGUUGUUUAUCGGCGGGCCCAUCAUCACCUUCAACGACUACAUGUACCAGUCCAACUACUUCCCGCUCCAGUCUACGCGCAAUCUUCUGCGCACCGCCGUUUAUGGCUUGCGGCUCCUCUUUUGCAUCUUGGUGAUGGAGUUUCUUUUGCAUUUCAUGUACGUGGUGGCAGUCUCCAAGACCAAGGCGUGGCAGGGCGACACGCCGUUCCAGCUCUCGAUGAUUGGUUUGUUCAACCUCAACAUCAUCUGGCUCAAGCUCCUCAUUCCGUGGCGCCUCUUCCGUUUCUGGAGCUUGUUGGACGGCAUCGAUCCGCCGGAAAACAUGAUCCGCUGCAUGGACAACAACUACCUGGCGCUUGCGUUUUGGCGGGCGUGGCACCGCUCCUUUAACCGCUGGGUGGUGCGGUAUAUCUAUGUCCCUAUGGGCGGGUCUCGUCUGACAGGCUUUCUGCGUAUUGUGAAUACGCUAAUGGUGUUCAGUUUUGUCGCCGUGUGGCACGACAUCGAGUUGAAGCUUUUGAUGUGGGGCUGGCUCAUUGUGCUUUUCCUUCUUCCCGAGAUCUUUGCGUCGCUCUACUUUGGUCGUUUUGCCGAAAAACCCUGGUACAGAUUUGUGUGUGGGGUCGGUGCCGUGUGUAAUAUCUGGAUGAUGAUGAUUGCCAACUUGUUUGGCUUUUGUUUGGGCCACGACGGCACCGUGGCGCUCCUUCACGAGUUGUUUGGCACUGUCCUGGGCGCCAGCUUCUUUCUUGUUGCCUCGGCCACUUUGUUUGUUGGCGUUCAGGUGAUGUUCGAACUCCGCGAGGCAGAAAAGCGCCGGGGCAUUGAUGUCAAGUGCUGA